UUCGUUUAAGCCUGGGUUUCUCUGUUUCAUCUAAUUUUCCAUAUAUAUUAUAAUUCUCUUUGCAUCUAAUACCUAAUUUAUUAUACUCGUGUCUCAGAGUUUAUUUCAUUUAUAACGUUGCCAACUAAAACUAUUAGGUCAUGGCCAGACUGUUGCGUGCAAAUAAAAAAUAGUCCAUGACAUGUCAUGGUCGAUUCCUGUCACGCAUCUGUCUGAAACUAAUUUAUUAACACAAAGCUAAUUACUUUCAACAGAUAGUAAUUACUUUGUGUGAUCAGAUUAGUGCUACAUUUACAGUUUAUAUUUUUCAGUUCUUUGUGAUUGUUUUAUGAUGUUUCCUUCGCUUUAUUUAUAAAUAGACAAGUGUAACAAUCUAGUACCAAUGACUGAUUCUGCAACUCGUACAUCCGAUGCUGAAACCGAGGCUGAAGCCAAAAAACCUAUCAAAGAGAUACCGGUGGUGCAAGACCAAGGUAUUUUUCAACACGAUACGGGCGACGUUUACGAUGGAUUUUUUGAGGCGAAGAAAAAGGAUCGUACUGUAAAAAUGCAUGGGCCUGGUGUCUACACAACAGCUGAAGGCGACAGUUACACAGGCAACUGGGAUGCCGAUCGGCUGGGAGGCGGCGAAGAAGUAACUAUUUCUUUUGCGGAUACUUCGAAAUACGAAGGCUAUUUCAAAGACUGGUGUUAUCAUGGCCCCGGUAACUACUCCUAUCCAGACGCCAGCGUUCUCCAAUGUGAUUUUGUUGAAAAUAGCCCAACAGGCAAUUUGACUUUGACUGAUCCCAACGGACACACUUGGAUGGGCAGAGCCGAACAGGGCUACGGAUGGGUGGAACCAGUGAAUCACUUUUAUGAAAUGCUAGAGAAGACACGCGACUCGGGACGGAUAAAGCGGCGACAUAAAAAUAAAGGAAACGCUCAAGAAACGCCUCAGUUGUAACUUGUAACGCUAUAAUUAUACAUAAAUAGAAAUGUGAAACUGGAUGACGCUUUUAUCGCUCACAGUUUUAGUACAAUACCAUUUUGUUCCUGUUGAUUUCGAAUUUCAAAGCGGAUGGAUAUGUAAAUGUAGUUUAUGUGGACGUAAUAUUUGUUUCAAGUUUGAAGAUUAAAAAGUUUUGAAUGAGUUCGA